GCCAGCGCGAGGAUCGACACGGCGGCGGCGGGGGCUGGGGCGGCGGAGGGGGAGGGGGCGGCGAGUGGUCUGGCUUCGCCGCCGUGCCUCACGAUACCUCCCGGGAUCAGCCCCACCGCGCUGCUCGAUUCGCCCGUCAUGCUCCCUAAUUCUCAGUUGUCUCCCACCACAGGAUCAUUUUCAUUGGCUACCUUUCCUGCUGAUAUUUCGAUGGUGCACUCAGCAAGUACCACUGAUGGCAAUAAGGGAGGCUCCAGUGACCGGACUUUCAGCUUCAAGCCUGUUGGGUGUUCCUCCCCUCUGUCUGGUUUUUCUGCUUUAGAAGAUCAGGGGAUCGGUAUUAAUAAACAAGGUUUCCUUCUAGAAGAUCCUAAAAUGGAUUUUGAAAUCCAAACAGAAAUGUCUCAGGAAGCUGCUGAAAAGAACGGUGCCUUUAAUCCAUCUUCUGAUGCAGAAGUAUUGAGUGAAAUGAACUUGAAUGGAGGCUGCAGUGGCUUGCAAAUCUGUAGCUCAAAUGAUGCCCGAGAGAAAGAAUCUGUUCCUGAAGAGGAUAUGCAGGUCGAAAAUGCUGAGGAAGGAGAUCAAAAAGGGACAUACCCCUCAGUUGGGACAGUUAGGACUUCGGAAGAUGGAUAUAAUUGGAGAAAGUAUGGACAGAAGCAAGUAAAAGGUAGUGAAUUUCCAAGAAGCUACUAUAAGUGUACCCAUCCAAAUUGUCAGGUUAAAAAGAAGGUUGAGCGCUCUCUUGAUGGUCAAAUAACAGAAAUUAUCUAUAAGGGUACUCAUAAUCAUCCAAAACCUCAGCCUAUUCAAUGUGGACUGCUUAGAUCAGCAUUUUCACCGAAUGAAAUGUCAGAGAUGGCUGAUGGCGGUCAAGCUGCUAUUAAAGUUGAAGGUGGAUCAGUUUGGAGAAAUAAUCAGUUAGGGUCUAAGGAUGUUAGACUCGGUCCGGAUUGGAGACCCGAUGGUCUGGAGCAAACAUCCUCAACAUCUGUCUUAACCGAGCUCUCUGGUCCUUUGCCAACCUCACAAGGAAAAUGUGCAGUUGCUUUUGAAUCAGCACAAACUCCAGAACUUUCUUCUACAUUGGCUAGCACUGAUGGUGAGGAUGAUGAUGGGGCUACACAAGGAAGCAUGUCACAUGGAGAGGAUGCUGACGAUGAGGAACCCGAGUCAAAACGAAGGAAGUCAGAGAACUCUUUGAGUGAAUCGAAUUUGCCAUCCAGAGCUGUCCGUGAACCAAGGGUUGUCAUCCAGAUAGAGAGCGACAUAGACAUACUUGAUGACGGUUACAGGUGGAGGAAAUAUGGUCAAAAGGUGGUAAAAGGAAAUCCCAACCCUAGGAGCUACUACAAGUGCACUAGCGCUGGUUGCUCUGUGAGGAAGCAUGUGGAAAGAGCCUCUGACAACCUUAAAUACGUAAUUACAACAUAUGAGGGAAAACACAACCAUGAAGUUCCUGCAGCCAGGAAUAGCAAUUUACCCUCAGGUGGUGGAAAUUUGUCUCCAGCUGCUGUUGGUGCUCAAGCAAACCUGGCAAUACCUAGAAACUCUGGUACUAAUAAGCCGGAGGCACAGGUUCAAGACCUUCCGAUAUUUGAGAGAAAGCCCGAGUUACAUAAUGAGUUCCUGAGAUCGAGUUUACUCACCAAUUUUGGCAACGACAUGAAAUUUGGCGCUUCCUCCUCCGUGUUCCCCUUCAAAUUCCCUCCUCUGCAAAGCGCCAUACCCUGCGGCUCAUUUGGCCUGAAUCCCACCCAGGGUGCAAUGCAUCAAGCCGGUUCUAUAGCCUCUUUAGUUCCAGAUCUUCCUAUCUCUCUACCUUACAAGUUUCGCCCGUACCCAAAAGUUCCUGUGACCGAUCUUUUCGAUGGUAAUCAUAUUGGAAAGCCUGCUGGUUCACUUCAGUCAGCCCUUUCAGGACAGCGGCUAAAACAGAACGAUUUGAGAUUCCUCACUCCAAAGCAGGAGCAAAGGGAUGAUCAUCUGUAUGAUCCUUGCCUUCCAGUUGUUGGUCCUACAAAUGCAUCUUCAGCAUCAAUCUAUCAUCACAUCCUGGGAGGUUAUCCUUCCUGAGUUCGUUCAUUUUUUCUUUUUUUCCGCUUUAUCAGUAUCUGCAGGAAAGGAGUAUUCUGCUUGCCAUUUCUGGUUAAUUUCAUUUGGUAUUUCCAGAAAAUCAAUAGCAUCAUAAUACAACAAGAAGCUAGUGAGCUAUCUGCAUCCAAUAGUCUAAGUUUUGUUCUUAGGGUAAUCAUUCUCUUUAUUUGAACAGUAUCAACUCUCUCUC